AUGCCAGAAAAAAUACGACAUAUUGAAACAGAUUCAUUUUAUGCCUUAAAAGUGUUGUCCAAAGUUGAAAUUGUUAAAAGUCGUCAAGUUGAUAAUGCUAUCAAUGAAAAGCGUAUAUUAAGUGCAUGCAAUUUUCCCUUUGUUAUACGCUUAUUUUAUAGUUUUAAAGAUAAUAGUUAUUUAUACAUGGUUAUGGAAUUUGUUAUUGGCGGUGAAAUGUUUACACUUUUACGUAAUAUGAGACGUUUUCCAGAAAAUAUGGUAAAAUUUUAUGGAGCACAAGUUGUUCUAGCCUUUGAAUACUUACAUCACUUAACAAUUGCUUAUCGUGAUUUAAAACCAGAGAAUUUAUUGAUUACUGCUGAUGGUUUUCUGAAAGUCGCCGAUUUAGGCUUCGCCAAAUUAAUCCCAAAAGACAAACGGACAUGGACAUUAUGCGGUACACCUGAUUAUAUGGCACCUGAGAUUAUAAUGAGUAAAGGUUAUCAUUGUGCUGUAGACUGGUGGGCAUUCGGCGUUUUAUUAUAUGAAAUGACAACUGGUUUCCCUCCAUUUAUGCAUCAAGAUCAAAUGAAAACAUUUGAACAUAUUAUAUCUGGAAAAGUUAAAUUUACCAACAACUUUUCACCAGUAUUAAAAGAUCUAGUACGUAAUCUUAUCCAGGUGGAUUUAAGUCGACGGUUUGGUAAUUUAAAAAAUGGUAUCAACGAUAUUAAACGUCAUGCCUAUUUCUCUGAUUUAGACUGGUUACAACUGUAUCAAAUGAAAAUACGUCCACCGUAUAAACCGAAAUGUAAAGGCCCAUGUGAUACAAGUUGUUUCGAAAAAUGGGAUGAAGAAAAUUUUAAAGUUUCCGAUAAAGAGAAAUUCAAGUAUGAAUUUGAAGAUUUUUAA